CAAAGAAUCCACCGAGUGAGCGACCGGAAAUCAGGUGAUCCUGAGACCGCAACCGACGGUUGUGAUUCUCUGAACCACCCUAGCUUACAUGGUCUCUCUACCACUAGAUAUUCCAUCCAAAGCCGCAUUAUCUCUACGGUAGCUGUCGUCUCUCGCCCGCCCGCCACCACGACCACGCUUCGGGAGUGAAGGGUUUGACUAUGGCGACUCAAUCCACGCCUCCUCCCGACUCUACAACCGAAAAACCCCAAACCCCAGCUUCUGAAAUCGUACAACCAAGAAAUGAGGAUCAGCAAGAUGCCAAGGCAGCAGCUACUAUUUCUCCACCAUCCGUGUUUGUGAACUCAGAACCCAUGCGAGAGGAACAAGUACAAAAUGCUGUUAAAUUUCUUUCACACCCGAAAGUUAGAGGCUCUCCAGUCAUCUACCGGCGAUCUUUUCUUGAGAAAAAGGGCCUCACAAAAGAGGAGAUAGAUGAAGCCUUUCGCCGUGUACCUGACCAAUCUCCAACUGUUACAGGUGUGCAGGCAGUUAGUGCAAAUCAAGAUGGGCAGUUGAAGUCAUCAAACAUCCAACAGCAAGCCCAGGCACAAACUCUGCAUCCUUCAGCAGCCACUCCUGCUGGUGUCAUUUCCAAAACGGGAACCCAGUAUCGAUUUCACUGGUCUCAUGCUUUUCUUGCUAUAGGAUUCCUUGCAGCUUCAGGUGCCGGAACAGCUAUACUUUUUAAGAAUGCUUUUAUUCCUAGGUUGAAGUCCUGGAUUCGCAAAAUUGUAUUGGAAGGGGAAAAUGACAUUGUGCAGAAAUCUAACUCAAAACCAAGUUUGGCAGAAGAAGCAACAGCUGCCGCAAAAGCAGCUGCAGCUGCAGCUGCUGAUGUGGCAAAAACAAGCCAGGAAAUAUUGACUUCUAAAAUUGAAGAGAACAGACGACUGGAGGAAUUUAUGAAUCUGUUAAAUGUGCAAGUACAGGAAAUGAAGUCAAUGAGUAAUGCUAUUAGGAAGUUGGAAGGACCAAAUAAUUCAACUGGGAGACUAAUUCAACAAGAAGAUACUAGAGGCCUAAUGACAACUUCAAAACAUUUAAAUGUGAAUGGAAAGGCAGAAUUUGACUCACGCUCAGUGAGAUCUUCAUCGCCACCUGCAUCUUCUGAACCCUCUGUUGCACCUCACCCAAAGUCAUAUUUGGAGAUCAUGGCCAUGGUCCAGAGAGGGGAGAAACCUCCUAACAUUAGAGACAUCAAUGAUUUACCCCCCAACCCUAAUCAGCCACUUUCAAAUCCUCGCUUGGCUCCAAGAACUAAGCCAUGGGAAGUUGGACAGGUUCAAUACAGCGCAGGCCAUGCCUAUCAGUCUCAAGUAACUGGUGAAGGUUUCAAUUCCAGGGCACAAGAUAAUGGAGUCGGCUAUCAGUUGAAUGGUGACAGUUCAACUUGGUGGCAGCAAAAGAAUGCCAGAAUCACAGAAAUUGAAACUGAAGAUGAACCCAGGACCGCAUCUUAUACAGCAAGUAAUGAGCAACCCAUUCAGCGUACCUGGGUUCCUCCCCAGCCACCCCCUAUUGCAAUGCCAGAAGCAGCUGCAGCCAUCCGACAGCCAAAAUCUUCUAUUCAGAGAGAAUCAUUAGUUAAUGAUCAGUCAGUAUCUCGUCCUUCAGAUGAAAUUGAUGAGUUGCAGAGGAUCACAAAGAUAUCUGAAUCUGGAGGUGUAGUUGAGAUCAAAGAAGAGAGCUCAGGACUGAACUCAAGUGAGAUGCAACAAGAACAAGAGUAAAGCUAUGCAAGAAAUUGAAGAAGGGUUGGAUUUGCUUGGUCAGCUAGUUGAAUAAGUCUCCUGUUUCCCAAUGGAAAGCUUCAUGAAGGUAUCCGUGCUCAUACUUUUAAUAAUCAUAAUAGUAGCUGGAGGACAUGAAACGAUUAAUAUGAGUCCCUCCAUUGUCUACCCUCACAGGAUAUUAAAACAAUACAUGUAAUCUUACGCCAUGAGAGGAUAGACAAUGUCAAUAGGUGAUGAACUUAAUAGCAAUUCCUCGCGUUUUUCCUCA